AUGCCAACCAAGGAAGUUCCGGAGGUCGUUCCUUUGGAGACAGCAGGGACAUCGGAAGUUUCUGACAAUGAAGACUACCCUGAAGGAGGAUUGCAAGCAUGGCUCGUCGUGCUCGGUUCAUGGUGUGCUAUGCUACCUGGGAUGGGCCUGCUGAAUACCCUUGGAGUACUUCAUGCUUGGACGGCAAGCCAUCAAUUGAAGGGUUAUUCUGCAUCAAGUAUCGGCUGGAUAUAUGGCGCUUUUGGAUUUUUCCUUUAUUUUUGCGGUGCACAAGUCGGGCCAAUCUUCGAUGCACACGGUGCAAAGUAUCUUCUUAUUCCAGCAUCUGUCGGUAUAGUUGCUUCGAUGAUAUGCUUGAGCUUCAGCACUGAAUACUAUCAGAUCUUCCUAUCGUUCAGCGUGCUCGGGGGUAUUUCGACCUGCGCAAUGUUCAACCCAGCGAUAGCUUCCAUCGGCCAUUGGUUCAAUGUUCGCAGAGGCUACGCGACCGGUAUUGCGUGUACCGCCGGGGGACUGGGCGGCGUCAUCUUUCCUAUCAUCAUUCUGUUUGCGGCUCCGAAGAUUGGCUUCCCGUGGGCGAUGCGCAUCAUUGCACUUUUCAGUGCGGUCGUAUGUGUAGUGGCAUGUCUUUUGCUCAAAACACGCCUACCGCUCAAUAAGAAAGCGGGUAUGUCCAUCGAUUUCAAAGCAUUAAGAGAUGUCAAAUAUGCUUCGACAACCGCUGCAAUUUUCCUGGUCGAAUUCGCAGUCUUUAUUCCGUACACAUAUAUCCCCUCAUACGCUGUGUACGCCGGCCUAGAUGAUACGCUUUCUUAUUCUCUGAUUAUCUUUCUGAAUCUUGGCGCAGUGCCAGGGCGCUUCUUCCCUGGUUUGAUUGCCGACAAACUAGGCCGGUUCAACGUUAUGAUACUAACGUCUUCGAUAUGUUCGAUCUUGACACUAGCUCUGUGGUACACGUCCGGGAGCAAUGAAGCAGCCAUAAUCUGCUAUGCGGUAUUUUUUGGCUUCUGGAGCGGAGCAGCUAUCAGUCUAACCCCCGUGUGCAUUUCUCAAGUGUGCGCAACAGAGGAUUAUGGCAAGAGGAACGGGACAACCUUCACGAUUACCAGUAUCGGAACACUGACUGGUAUUCCCAUCGCUGGUGCCAUCCAACAACGUGAUCACGGGGAGUACGGCGGUCUUAUGCUCUUUGGAGGGAUACUUUAUUUAGCGGCGACUGUUGCGUUUGUCAUCGCCCGCGUAAUCAGUCGAGGUUGGUCCCUGAAGGUCAUAUUCUAG